AUGGCGAACCAUGCAGUCUUCACACCCCACCAAUACCUCAUGUUACUGCAGCGUCCAGACGGUCUCAUCGCCGCGGCCAGUCCGGAACUCCUGCCGUCGCUGGACUCGCUGGUGGACGGCGGUUUCCGCAGACCCAUCUCUCCCCAGUUUGUGCCGCCGACGCCUGCAGAUGACAUGUUUGACGGACUGGAUGACGUGGAAACUGGCCCGAGUUGGCGCCGAAAAAACAAACCCAGAAAGCCGUUGAAGGAUGGGGAGUGGCCGGGAAUGGACGCGGUACAGGACGUUCUACCGGAGUACAUCUCAGAGACGACACAACCCCCGCCGCGCAGGCCUCCCAAGGACGGUCUACGGCAGUCUUACCAACCUGACGACCCCUACUCUCACUCACUACUGGAGCAUCAGUCAAAGGAGCUGGAUAACUACCGUGCAGCGCUAAAGCGGAUGGGAGCAGACAUCCUGAAGCUGAGAGAGGACAUCGCUCGCCUGGAGGCAGAGAACAGCCAGCUGAGGAGGAACCUGCACAUGAACAGGGACGCUGCCGACGCUCUGGUGGGGCCUGCCGGGCUGCAGGCACUCAGCAGGGGGGAUCUCGUGGAUAAAUAUGCCCUGUUACAGCAGAAGGUGAGCCAACAGGCCUCCUCCAUCAAGGGGCAGAAGGAACGGAUACAACAGCUGCAGAAUGAACUCAUCAAGAAAAAUGACCGUGAGGCAGAGUUGUUAAAGCAGCAGAAAGCCCAGAAGCCCCAGCAGCCUGUCGCACCUAAAGUACCCGAGAACGAUGGCAAGAAAAAGAAGAUGGAAGAUACUAUCAAAAGACAAGAGGAGGUUAUAGAGAAGAUGGAAAAGCUUCUGAAUAAACAGUUAGAGAAGGGAACUCUGCCAGCAGACAGGAGCCUGGAGGCACAUUCUGCACUGGCUGCAGAGAACGCACGACUCAGGGAUGAACUCAACAGAGCUAAGGAGCCAGCCCAGCCUCACUACCCUCCUGGUGUGAAGAUGGAUGAUGAGGAGAGGCUGGACCUGAUGGCAAAACUGGAGAAGGCAGAGGGGAGAAUCAUUUCACUGGAGAACCAGUUGACAGAAAAUGCCCGCAUGUGGGGUCGGGAGAAGCAGGAGCUUCUGAUCCGGAUGAACGAGCGGGAGAACGGUUUUGCGCGGUCGUCACAGAUGGUCCUUCACGACUUCCCCAUGUCCAUGGGAGCGACAGUUAAUGGCAGACUGGGAUCACCAAAGUUGGAUCCAAUUAAAUAAUGACAAACAUCCAAAUAACUGUAGCUUCU